GUUAGUGCGCAUGAUCAACACCAUCUCGGCGAUGGUUGCAGUUGCUCCGGUUACUCCGCAAGUUGUACUGAAUUAAAAAGUUGUAUUGUUAAAAAUUGCGAUAUCAGCAACAAUAAAGACUUGAAUAGUGCGAUGAUGAUCUCGAUGUGCGGCUCAUCACGGUAACGUCGACCAUAGUUUGACGUAAAUGUGCACGCUCUGAUCUAGAUUUAGGUUAGAUCAGGUUAAAUUUGCGAGGUGGUUUACAAAUCACUUUUUAAUCCCGCACAAAUAGAAUCAUGUCACUUCAUUGUGACAAAAACAAAGCGGAAACCAAUAAGGCAAAUAACAUGGACAUCACAUCAGAUUUUACUCACCUCAAGAUAUCUGUGUUGGAGAAGGCGUCGCGUAUAUCGGCGACUAUAAAGAUGGAUCGCAUUACGAUCGGACCCCAAUCGGCCAUGUAUGAGGAGACUUCUGACAAAGUGGAUAAUAUUGAGAAUAAACAAAAUUCUUGUAAUAUUAAAAGUCCUCAGAGAAUUAACAGUUCCAAUCCUAAACUCAAUGUGAUAUCCACACAAAACUGCAAUCACUUUUCAUUGAAGAAGAUUCUGCUGGAGACCGAGCUGCAAAGAAAAGAAGAAGUCAGGAAAAAAAUACAGCGUCGUAUUCAACGUAUGAAGGAGAAUGCUCGUACCAUUCAGGAAGAAUUGGCAAACACACAUUUGUUGAUGGAACGCGAACGCGAACGCCGGAGCAAGGAGAAGUUGGCACACUUCCUAGCUGAAGAGGAGCGACAAGCGGAACAGGAACAGAUUAAGAGGCAAUUGCAAGAGCAGCGUGUUCAGGAGCAGAAAGAGAAGCAUAAACGAGAAAUGGAGGAAUAUCGCAAACGGAUGAAAGAAGAGGAAUUAACAAAGAUUGUGCUUGUCUAUCGGGACCAAUUCACGGCCAAGUACUGUGAUCUUGUAGCAUUACCCAAGACUUGUAAAGAUCAGCAAGCGUUCAAUGUGAUCUCAAUGACACAUAUCUCAAGAAUAAAAGAGCUCAUCCAAGGAAUCGAAGCUCUAGAUGAUAAAAUCAGAAAAGGAGAAUUGGUAGCUACUGAUGAAAAUGUUAUCAAGACUUUGGUUUGUCAUAUGGAUGAUUUGUUGAAUAUAUUUCGUAUAGAUACAGAAAAAAUAAAUACUCAAUACGAAGCGGAAUUAGCUCGCAAAGCGCAAGCUGCGAGCGAAAUACAGUCAGUCGAGGAGACAGACAAUGUUCCAGUUAAUGACACGAUGCCUUCUCAACAAUCAAACGCUGAGAAGAACAAUGCUGUGGAAAACAAGGAAGAUCAAAGUUCCGUGAUAACGAAUCAAGAAGUAGUGGUCGCAUCAGUUAAUGAAUCAGUCACGCCAUCCGUAUCUGAUCUCAAGUCGGAGAAAGCAGUUAAAGAUAUCGUAUGCAAAAAAGGAGAUCUUUUUGAGUACGCCGAUCAAGAAUCAUUGCAGAUUUAUGCCAGGAGUCAACAAAUUUUGAAACUUUAUAGAGAAACUUGCAAAGAUCUUUUACAAUCGGCUGCUACAAAGAAAUUCCGCUUUGAGUGCCAAAAGGCGAUCAAUAUCCCCGUAAACGCGAUUUCCAGCGUAAGCAAGGAACAUCUGAGAGACAAAUAUGAUAGGUUACAAAACCUUCUGAUUGGAAAAUUGUCUCCCAAUGUGACGCAGCAUCCGCAAGGAGUGAUCUUCUGCAAGAAUCAUUUGGCAAAAAAGAUAGUUAGUCAAGGCGAGACGUUGGUCUCUAGUAAACCGGAAAUGGCAUUCCCUGUGGCAAUGAUUGUCGUGGCUCUCUGGAACGAACAUCCAGACUUUGGCGAAUUGUUCCUGGCGCAUCUUCAUGAAGCAUGUCCAUUUACUAUACCACUUUUCCUCCAGCAACAAGAGGGUCAGUCCAAUGAAGAUUAUUACAAAUCUCUUGGCUGUAAAUAUUCUGAAGAUGGUACUGUCGAGAAACAGGAUAAGUUCCUAAAGAGAAUGUCAGGAUUGAUGAGAUUAUAUGCGUCGAUUACUGUUACGAGACAGCGAAAAGGUGUCACCAAAAGUCAUCCCUAUGGUCUUGAGCACGCCUGGAGAUGGCUGUCAGCUGUUAUGAAUAUCGAACCACGGGUCGAUAUUUGUGACUUAUGCGCAACUUUGAUACUGGACAUGCUCGAGGUCGCUGGUAACGUACUAUGGACCGCCUAUCCAAAGCAAUUCCAUAAAUUGCUGAUGGUACUGAUGGAGCAUUAUUUUCCGCGUAUGCGUAAUGUCGCAGGUGGUGGCGGACCUCUCGUACGUCUAGAGGAGUUUCUAAACAACGUUCUAACGAACGGUACCAUACGUCUUGCCAACGGAAUGCUUCCGCCUAACUUUUUAUGAUCUACCAUAGAAUCAUCCUGAUAUAGUAAUUUAAAUGCAGACUGAUACCUGUUGUAUGAAUCUAUCCAGAUGAGCUAUGAAACAUACUUGAAUUGUUUUAUUAUACAUGACGAAAGUUUCAAAUUGUUUCAAAUUAUUUAAAAGUGCAGCCUGAGAAAAAUAUGGCAGUCUCAAGAAAGAUUUUUAAAAUUUUUAAAAUCCAAGUUUAAAACCUAGAUUUUCAAAAUGCCAAUAUUUUUCUACUAAAAUUCAUGAGAAGUUUAGAGAACAUUAUUUUUGUUUAAAGUUUAAAGAGCAUCAUACUUUUAUUUAUUGUCAAAUAGUCCCAGAUUUAUAAGUAAUGAAUUGAAACAAUUAUAAAUUUUGUUUGCAAACAAAAAUACUCAAAAAGUACAAACAAGAGAAAAUCAAAUACCCACCGUAAUGCAGAUGGUUUAAAUGUAGACUGUUAUACGAAUCUAACGAUGGGCUACGAAACAUACUUGAAUUGUUUUAAUUAUACAUGACGAAAGUUUUAAAUUGUUUCGAGCAUUAUUUGAAAGUGAUUUUAUGCAUCGAGAGAAAAUCAAAUGCCCAUCGGAAUUCAAGUCUCACCGAAUUGUUAUUAUUGAUACCGUAUGUUCCAGACGCAUUGUACAAUUUACAAAGUGGAUUUUGAUAAUACUUUAUGUACUAUGUAUAACGAGCGAAUUGAAUAUAAAUAAGACGGAUUGUGUGUCUUCAUGGAAAAGAAGUGAAAUUGAACGAGAAAAA